AUGGGCAGAACAAAAUCAAUACCUAUCGAUACUAGGAAUUUGAAUGGUAUAAAUGAGGCUCAAAUAAUUUCUUCCACAAACUUCAUCGGUACUAAUGCUCAGGAGGAUCGCGCGAUCAGAUGCAUAAGAGAGGCUCCAUUUGUCACCUUCAGCGACAGCGGAACCAUAAAUGACAUCUACGAAGUUCACAGAAAAGCUCAGGCUAGCGACCGUAUCAAUUUCAGGACGAAAUGGACUUCACAAGCCUUACUUCGAGAUGAGGAGAGCUGGAUUGCCCAUCAGUAUGCAGAUGGGGUUCCUGGAAACAAACAAAUGACAAAAGACAUCGCUCAAAAAGAUGGAGUUCGCGCACAACAAGAAGGAGUCAUCCGAAAAUACGUCGAGCCAAGUAAUGAAUUCCUACCGCGCCCUAAUCGCAUUACGGAUAAGAUACGACGUCGCCCAAAGCAACUAGAGCUUCCGCCAGUCGUUGAUGGUAUCAAUUGGCUUGCGGAUCGGCUGAAAGAGAGGACAGUCAACGAGCAGACAGCCUUUCUAAGUCACUGGCAGAAUGAUUCCUACCGAUGCGCCGAGUCAAGAGGCAGAGUCAGAAAUCUUUCGACAGAGUAUGCAUCUGAGGCGCCUAUGGAAGAUCUCGAGGACGAUGAACCAUACUCUUCGGGAAGUGACUAUCAAUUGACAUCUUCUCCAAAGCAGCGCACGCCUGCAAUAUCACCUCGAGCUUGUAUCAAUUGCUAUGAGCGGCACCAUGGGUGUGACAAAAGUUUGCCUAGUUGCUCUACCUGCAGCGCAAUUCAUGCAUACUGCGUCUAUCCCAACGUUACUACUAGAGUAUCUCCAAAGAAGCGAAAGAAGUGGUAG